AGCUCCGCACGCCACAUUCCGCACGGCGUGGAGGACCCGCUAGCUGAUGCUCGUGGGAGAGACCUGGACUGGAGCGUGGGUCGCCGCUCCUCCGCGCCACCAUGCAGGUCUCCAGCCUCAACGAGGUGAAGAUUUACAGUCUCAGCUGUGGCAAGUCCCUUCCUGAGUGGCUCUCCGACCGGAAGAAGCGCGCGCUGCAGAAGAGGGACGUCGAUGUCCGUAGAAGGAUUGAACUUAUUCAGGAUUUUGAAAUGCCUACUGUUUGUACCACUAUUAAGGUUUCAAAAGAUGGACAAUAUAUUUUAGCGACUGGAACAUACAAGCCUCGGGUUCGAUGCUAUGACACCUAUCAGUUAUCCUUGAAGUUUGAAAGGUGUUUAGAUUCAGAAGUUGUCACCUUUGAAACAUUAUCUGAUGACUAUUCAAAGAUUGUCUUCUUACAUAAUGAUCGAUACAUUGAAUUCCAUUCACAAUCAGGGUUUUACUACAAAACCAGAAUACCAAAGUUUGGGAGAGACUUCUCUUACCAUUAUCCAUCCUGUGACCUAUACUUCGUUGGUGCAAGCUCUGAAGUUUAUAGAUUGAACUUAGAACAAGGACGGUACCUAAAUCCUCUACAAACUGAUGCCGCAGAGAAUAACGUUUGUGACAUAAAUUCAGUGCAUGGCCUGUUUGCCACAGGAACAAUAGAGGGCCGCGUGGAGUGCUGGGACCCGAGAACGCGGGGCCGCGUCGGCCUGCUGGACUGCGCGCUGAGCAGCGUCACAGCGGACUCGGAGAUAAACAGUUUACCAACAAUCUCUGCUUUGAAAUUCCAUGGUGCCUUGACCAUGGCCGUUGGAACAUCCACGGGGCAGGUCUUACUCUAUGACCUUCGAUCGGAUAAGCCGCUGUUGGUGAAGGAUCACCAGUAUGGGCUGCCCAUUCGGUCGCUUCAUUUCCAGGAUUCUCUAGAUUUGAUUUUGUCUGCAGACUCUAGGAUUAUCAAGAUGUGGAAUAAGAACUCAGGAAAAAUAUUUACUUCCUUGGAGCCAGAACACGACAUUAAUGAUGUCUGCCUCUACCCCAACUCAGGAAUGCUUCUUACCGCCAAUGAAACCCCCAAGAUGGGCAUCUAUUACAUUCCGGUGCUGGGUGCUGCCCCCAGGUGGUGCUCCUUCUUAGACAACCUGACAGAAGAACUGGAAGAGAAUCCGGAAAGCACGGUGUACGAUGACUACAAAUUCGUCACCCAGAAAGACCUGGAAAACUUAGGGCUCACGCAUCUCAUUGGAUCGCCUUUUCUCCGGGCAUAUAUGCAUGGAUUUUUCAUGGAUAUAAGGCUGUAUCACAAGGUGAAAUUGAUGGUAAACCCAUUUGCUUAUGAAGAAUAUAGGAAAGAUAAGAUCCGACAGAAGAUAGAAGAAACGCGGGCACAGAGAGUGCAGUUAAAGAAACUGCCAAAAGUUAACAAAGAGCUGGCACUUAAAUUAAUUGAGGAGGAGGAAGAGAAGCAAAAAUCGAUGUGGAAAAAGAAAGCUAAGAGCCUUCCUAAUAUUCUCACUGACGAUCGAUUUAAAGUUAUGUUUGAGAACCCUGACUUCCAAGUAGAUGAAGAGAGUGAAGAAUUUAGGCUUUUGAAUCCACUUGUUUCAAAAAUUAGUGAAAAAAGGAAGAAGAAACUAAGACUCCUAGAGCAACAAGAACAUCAAGAAAAAGAAGAGGAGGCAGAACCGGAGGGGAGGCCGAGCGACGCGGAGAGCUCGGAGAGCUCGGACGACGAGAAGGCCUGGGUCGAGGAGGUCCGGAAGCAGCGCCGGCUGCUCCAGCAGGAGGAGAGGGCCAGGCGGCAGCAGCAGCUCAGAGAGGACCAGCAGACGGUCCUCAGGCCCCAGUUCUAUGAGAUCAAAGCAGGCGAAGAGUUCAGAAGCUUCAAAGACUCUGCCACCAAGCAGAAGCUGAUGAAUAAAACCCUGGAGGAUCGGCUGAAACUUGAAGCAGAAAAGGGGACGUUGAGUGUGUCAGACACCACAGUUGGCAGCAAGCAGCUGACGUUCACGCUGAAGAAGUCUGAGCAGCAGAAGAAGCAACAGGAGGCCGAGAAACUGCACCGCCAGGAGAGGAGAGCUCUGCGUCGCUCAGCCGGUCACCUGAAGUCCAGGCGCCCGAGAGGACGGCCCUUCCACUGAGGGGCCCGGCCGGGUGGCUCGGAAGGCGGACCGCCGUUGAGCGCCUUGAACCCAGCCAGGGGCUCCCCGAUCACAGCCUCAUGUCUGCUCUUGACACGUCUCCGGGGUCAGAGUCGGCGACUUGUCCCUGCGCCGCCUGGGUCUGGGCAUCGUCCCCGGGGCCGGAAGUCGCUGCCCCCUGAACAGCGUCCUUCUCCCCCAGUUUCAAUCAGGCGGUUGUUCUUCACGCUGUGAAGUGGGCGCCAUGGCCGGUGGCUCCGCGGUGCUGAACGUGGAGUUGGGCGCGGGGCCCUCCCGCCCGGGGCCGGCGCCCCCGCCCUGCCCCAUCCCGGCCCCGCGAGCCCUCGGCCGUGGUGCCCACGGUCUGCGUGUGCUCGCAGGCUUGCAGUACAUCCAGGUGCCUGUGGGGAUUUUUUAAAAAAUAUUUUUAUACCAAGAAUUUAAAUUAAUGGUAAUAACAAUGUAAAGCAAGAAGUAGAAGUUACUGGAUAUCCUUUUAUACUUGGCACAAGAUUAAGUACAGAUUUUUUUUUCCUGUUUCCCAGGUGGAUAGAGAUAAACUUGCUGGAAAAAACAUUUAUAAAAAUAAAUUCUUUCAUUUG